AACCAAAAUAUUUCUUUCCCUCAAGCGCUUCACUAUGACUGCUACGGUGGUUGAGGAAUUGAAAUUGCAAAACAAGAUGAACGUGUCGUCUUUCCCUUCGAAAACGUCGCCGUGACGGAUCCAGACGAUCUUGACCAUAAUCCUAGUAGGACUGAGCGCCUGCGAGAACAGCACAAAACACAAUUAUCCAAAAAUCGGAUUAAUUCCACCAUUCCUCAAGAAAGAGCAGUCGUUCUAGCAAGCGAUCCGAUUCUAACAUGGAAUGAAUGGAAAUUAGCACGCAUCACGACCUGA